AUGGAUGAUCUUGCUGUGUCCUGCCACCACCCAUCCUGCACAUCAUUGGUGUCUAGCCUCCUGCCGCGAGGUCAAAGGGGUUCUGUCAAUGGUCAUGAUGUAGUGGAUCAUGAAAGACUGUUCUGGCAUGCCCUUCUUUUUAAAGACUAUUUCUCAGAUAAUCCUACCUUUGGACCAAAGGUUUCUAGGCGCAGGUUUCAGAUGAAACGACAUGUAUUUUUGCGCAUAAUGAAUGCUGUUCAGGAACAUGACAACUAUUUCAUGCAGAAGAGGAAUGCAGCAGGUAUCCUAGAACUAUCUUGUCCGCAGAAGGGGGAAGGUCCACAGGUUACUUACAACAUCAAUGGACAUGAUUAUUCCAUAGGUUAUUAUCUAGCAGAUGGCAUAUAUUCAUCAUGGGCCACUUUUGUGAGGACCAUUCCAGAGCCACAAGGUAACAACAAGAAAUAUUUUGCCAAGGCACAAGAAGCAUGUAGAAAGGAUGUUGAACGAGCAUUUGGGGUUCUACAAUCUCGCUUUGCUAUUGUUCGUGGGCUGGCUCAUUUGUGGGAUGAAGACACGCUUGGAGAUAUUAUGAUGGCUUGCAUCAUAAUGCAUAACAUGAUUGUUGAAGACAAGAGAGAUGAGUACAUUGGAGAAUAUGAUUGCAACUACGAUGACAUGGAAGAAGAGGUCGCAGUUUCCCAUAGUGAAGCAUCGGAACUUGAUGCUUUCACCCAUAAUUACAAGAACAUCAAGAACAACAAAACUCACACUCAGCUUCAGGCAGACUUGAUCGAGCACUUGUGGCAAUAUCAUCCUGAUUUAUACGAAAUUGAUUAA